AUGUCGCUUCAGGUCCCCUUCAGCAUCGCGGCCAGUCUGGCACCGUCCGUCGUUGUGGACAUCGAUCUCCUCGGCCAACGACGCCUCAGCACGAUUGUAGGUGCCGCGACCUCGGCCACUUCUGUGGGAAGCUGGCUCGAUAGCCUGGGUUCUGAUGGCAGAUGGCCAGACGUUGACUACACGACAGGGUGCGAUGCACAGGCAGCAUCAUGGCCGGCUCAGAAGCACUGGCAACGACUCGUCACACUCGCCGCCGCAUGGCAUGGUGGUCUCAAGAAUGCUGCGCAGUGGGCGAAGGAUACCAGUUUACAGCAGGGAAUCGCUCUUGCGAUGGACAGUUGGUUCGCCGAUGACUUCACGAACCCGGCCUGCCUCGACUUCGGCGGAGACAGUGAAUGCCCGUGCGGCACGCCUGGUCUGUGGAACACAAACUGGUUCUCAAACAUCCUCGGCAUUCCCGGUUACGUCGGAGAGGUCUGCCUUCUCAUGAACAAUACGCUCACUUCUACCGAGCUCGGGAAUUGCACCAAGUUCGGCUCUCGAGCCUACAACACCUUUUUGACUGGCAUCAAUGGCGUGAGCUCGAUCACCGGUAGCAACGCAUUGGACCUGGCGAGCAUUGGUGUCGACACCGGCAUCCUCACUGAGAACGCAACUCUGAUCACGGACGCCUUCACACGAGUUCACAAUGAAGUUGUCGUUCAGAACGGUGUUAAAGCGGAUGGUAUCCGGGCAGAUGGUAGCUUCGGGCAGCAUACUGGCAUUAUCUAUAAUGGAAACUACGGCAAAGACUACGCCAACGACGUCUUUGACUUCGAGAUCGAAGCUGCUGGUACCCAGUUCCAGGCCACCGACGCGUCUCGCGCGGCCUUCGAGACGCUGUGGAACGGCAACGUCUGGAUGAUCUUCCGCAACACAGUGACCAACGUGCUACACUGGGAUUUUAGCGUCAUCGGACGCAUCAUCGCUUUACCCGUAGCCGACAACCAAGCGACUGAAAACCUUAAGAUCAACCUCACCCAGCUUCAAAGUCUCGGAAAUAGCUGGGGCUCAGCACCACUUCUGAAAGCGUUCCAGGAAUUGAACGCUGCCAGCGACGAUGCUAACUCUGGAAAUAUCCAAGGCAAUCGCAUCUUCUACGCGAAUGACUACGCGGUCCAGCGCGGCACGGGAUACACUUCCCAUUUGCGUAUGUACUCCAAGCGCACGGUGAACAGUGAAUGCACGAACUCUCAGAAUCCAUUUGGCUUCCAUUUGGCGGAUGGUGCUCUGUAUACGCGCAUGACAGGAGACGAAUACGAAGAUAUUCCCGCCGCAUGGGACUGGAACCUCAUUCCAGGUACCACAGUCGAUUAUGGUGCAACUACUCUCGACUGCUCCGACGUGAAGCAUAGUGGAACCCAGGCUCUUGUUGGUGGCGCCUCGGAUGGAAACAUCGGUGUCGUGGCCAUGCGAUACGAAACCCCUUCAACGAAGCAGUUGAAUUGGAGAAAGACGUGGUUCUUCUUGCCCAAUGACGUACAACAUGUCAUGGUCGCCCGCAUCACCUCAAACACGGAUGCCCCAGUGUUCUCCGUGCUCGACCAGCGUAAGCUGAGCGGCGAUAUAACGGUCGAUGGAAAGACCGUCACGAACGGCAACUUCUCUGGUGUCAGCACUCUCUUCCACGGCGGCGUAGGAUACGCAUUCAACUCCUCGAACACCGCUGUAUCUUUAUCCGUGCAGUCGGGGGAGCGCACAGGCUCAUGGGCUGCCAUUUCGACCUCGACGCAGCCGGACGAGACGGUGGACCUAUUCUCGGCAUGGCUUUCACACAGCGAUCUCUCUGCGCCCAUAGACUAUACCGUAUACCCAGCUACAACUGCUUCCAGCUUUGCGACGAAAGCUAAGAAUCCCCCGACAAUUAUCCGAAACGACGGUUCAAUUAGUGCUCUCGUAGACGAACAAAACAACGUGGCAAUGUUUGUCUUCUGGGACGCAGCUGGGGGCUCCACUACAAUCCCAUCCUUUAACGGCGCAACUACGAUCAAGGUGACCUCUAACGGGAACGUCGCGUUAAUCGUCAACCUCGACAACUUCAACUUGACUGUAGCGGACCCGACGCAGUCGUUAACUAGUGCAACACUCACGUUUGCACUUGGGUCUGGCACGGCGCCCGCGGGAUGGUCUUCGAGUAGUAAGAGUGCCUCGAAGACUGUGACUCUCCCUUCUGGUGGUAUUAUUGGUGGUAGUGUGUCCUCUACGUUGUUCUGA